AUGCUGGUGUUGCGUAGUAUACGAAAGAACAUUCUUGCUGGACGCGAUAAACAAAAACUAGACAAUGCGGCAAGCCGGGAGGCACUCAAAACCCUUCACUUCAAACUAUAUAAAUCACUCACGAUUCUACGGAUCCUCCUCCUCACCUGUACUGGUCUCGCCCUCGUCUUUCUCCUUGGUCUUCUCGUGUAUUCCCUCAUUCUGUUUGCAAAAAUGGACUUUUCUGUGUCCACAGCAGUGUCCCGCGUAAAGACUUAUAUGCGUAAACAAGAGGACACUCCUGUAAAGUCUCCUAUGGAAGUUAUUCUUUAA